CCAGCCUGGGGCUCAGUCGAUCUGCAUCCUUCCUGUAUCUGCAUCAUUAGAGCCUGGGCUGAGGGAUUACCACCACCACCAUCUGCAGCAGCAGCACAUCCACAAUGGGUCUUGUGAAGUGUUUACUGCUUGCAGCUGUCUGCAUGCAAGUUUCCACCAGACCUCUGUCCAGCCAGCUGUCCCAAGAAGAAGAAAAGGUCACAAGGUGCAUCAUGGAGGUCCUGUCAGAAUCGCUGUCUUCAUCUGGGCCCAAAAGGGUCAGCAGUAGCUGCAUCCAAAUACUCAAAGAAGAUGAGCGCCUGAUCUCCAUGCUGCGGCACCAACACUUGCUCAGAGAACUUGAGGAUCUGACUGAUCAAGAAAAGUCGCAACUAGAUGCAGAAAGGGACAGUAUAGAAGAAGAAGAGAUUAAAAAGAGGACGAGUGAGACUCAUAUCCCUCCUCCCAAAAGAGAUUUGAAGCCCAAAAGGGGAUCUGAGAAUGAAGAAUCAAAAGAGUUUGAGAAAAUAGAAAAGGUGCAGGUGAAGGAGAAAGAGAAGGAGCAUGGCACAUCAGCAGAAGAGAAGGUGAACAAGCUGCUGGAGGAAGAAGAGGAUAAAAGGAAUGCUCCUGCUAAGAAAGGGAGUGAUGCGUCAAAAAGAGACGGGAAAGAAGUACGAAGGGAUAACAAAAAACAGUUUAGCAAUGAGAGUGAUGAAGACAGCUCAGAGGAACAAGAGCAUGAGCGGGGCCACCAUGGGCCCCUCAAUGGUUGGUAUCACAGGAACCAUGAAGGGUGGGAAGAAAGAAAAAGAGGUUCACUGAGAAGGAUGGCAGAGGACCCCAGUCAGGAAGAAACAGCCCAGUUUGAGUCUGAAGAUAGAGGCAUGAAAUACUUUAAUGCUAAGACCCAUAUGCAUGGUUUUCAUGGGGAAGACAAGAGGCAUGUCCACCACCCAGAUAAUGCCUAUUAUAAUGAUGAGGAGAAUGAGAUGGAAAGGCACCAUUAUAAUGGAAAUUAUGAACACAGAGAAGAGGAAGAGGAGAGAGAGUUGGAGGAAGAACGUGAGGAACGUGAGGAACACAGAGCUAAGGUCACAAGGUGCAUCAUGGAGGUCCUGUCAGAAUCGCUGUCUUCAUCUGGGCCCAAAAGGGUCAGCAGUAGCUGCAUCCAAAUACUCAAAGAAGAUGAGCGCCUGAUCUCCAUGCUGCGGCACCAACACUUGCUCAGAGAACUUGAGGAUCUGACUGAUCAAGAAAAGUCGCAACUAGAUGCAGAAAGGGACAGUAUAGAAGAAGAAGAGAUUAAAAAGAGGACGAGUGAGACUCAUAUCCCUCCUCCCAAAAGAGAUUUGAAGCCCAAAAGGGGAUCUGAGAAUGAAGAAUCAAAAGAGUUUGAGAAAAUAGAAAAGGUGCAGGUGAAGGAGAAAGAGAAGGAGCAUGGCACAUCAGCAGAAGAGAAGGUGAACAAGCUGCUGGAGGAAGAAGAGGAUAAAAGGAAUGCUCCUGCUAAGAAAGGGAGUGAUGCGUCAAAAAGAGACGGGAAAGAAGUACGAAGGGAUAACAAAAAACAGUUUAGCAAUGAGAGUGAUGAAGACAGCUCAGAGGAACAAGAGCAUGAGCGGGGCCACCAUGGGCCCCUCAAUGGUUGGUAUCACAGGAACCAUGAAGGGUGGGAAGAAAGAAAAAGAGGUUCACUGAGAAGGAUGGCAGAGGACCCCAGUCAGGAAGAAACAGCCCAGUUUGAGUCUGAAGAUAGAGGCAUGAAAUACUUUAAUGCUAAGACCCAUAUGCAUGGUUUUCAUGGGGAAGACAAGAGGCAUGUCCACCACCCAGAUAAUGCCUAUUAUAAUGAUGAGGAGAAUGAGAUGGAAAGGCACCAUUAUAAUGGAAAUUAUGAACACAGAGAAGAGGAAGAGGAGAGAGAGUUGGAGGAAGAACGUGAGGAACGUGAGGAACACAGAGCUAAGGAAAGGGACAUCCAAGAGGUAGAGGAAGAGCUGAGGAAGGCAGCAGAACAACUGGAGGAGCUUCACCGGGGCUAAGAGAAGAAGAACGCUUCCUGAAUCUUCUGUCUUCCAGACUAUAAUCUGCCGACGCUUUGCACGUGUUCUUGUACCCUGUAUAUACAAAAUUCUUCUGUAUGCUGUUUGCAGAAUGGGGCAGUGUUUUGUAGUUAUAUUAUAAUGUUAAGCUUUGGCAAUAUACUCAGACAGAUACUGGCUUUGAAGUCACAGAGAUUACAUACAGGGUUUGUCCACAUUUUCCAAAGUUCUUUCUUACCCUGAUAGUACCUGAUGAAUUUGAUUGGAUUGGCUGAUUGUACUCUCAAUACUAAUAUUAAUAUUCUUCUUCAUCUUCUUUGCCUUAAAAUGUUACUUUUAUAAAUCUUUUGCUCAUUAAUUAUAUUACAAAUAGUUGAAGAGAAGCAAUAUUAGUUGCAUUCAGAAGCAGAAGGUCCUUGUCAGUAAGGGAGAUAUCUACAAGACUACAUCUUCCAUUGUUCAUUGAUGUCUGUCCGGUGAUAAUUUUCAUGUUUUGCUCUGAGAACCGAAUAAAAAUGAUAAAUUCAGGGUA